GUCUCAAAUGUUUCGAAUCGAAGAUCACAAAGGGUGAUGAUCAAUGUUAUGUGCACUACGUUCGUAAAAUGGGCUUCGAUUCGGCGGUAAAGGCCUGUGCAACUUUGGGCGCCAGGAUUAUCACCAUAUAUAAUGAGGAGCACAGCGUUGAGGUUCCAGGUACAGAACUUUCAGUCACGCUUAGGUUUGAUGGUUCCAAAUACCAAAAGGAGGAAUCGGUGCACACCAAACAACGCCGAGCAAAAUGCUGGAUCGUGGGUUGCAGCUGUCGCUUCCGAAGCCACCCUAGUGAUUAUGAUUGGUGGCGCAAUUAUACGGACAUCAUGACACAGCAGAUCAGGGAAGGCUCAACAAACGGGGAACGAACACCCAUGGCCUUCAAUAUAUGUAUGCCAUCGAUUAAAGAUUUUCGGCGAUUCAACAGCUCGUGCAGCGCAAAAAAUCGUUCACCUUUAGCACCCUUUCGGUACCCAGCUGCACUGCCAACGGAAGGAGGCACGAGAGCUGGUGUACUGCCAGGUUGCCCAUACCUAGACAGGAGCAGUCAAGACGCUUUGGUUGGGUUCGAAUCACGGACCCUGCGGUUUAAAACUAUAUGCACCCGAUCCCCAUCUUUCUGUAGCUUUUUACUCUUCGCUGCGACUUCCUUCGAUAGUGUGGCUCAGCAAUCAGACAUAGGUGCUGUUUGGGUGCUUUUCAAAACAACCAAUAUCAUUGUCAUCAUCAACAGCUUGACAUCAGUGUUUAACACCGAUGCUUCGCUGCCGUACACCCAUGAUUUAUUUGAAAGGCUUAUUGUCAAGAAAAGAAUAAAGGUGGAAGGGAAAGGGGCCUACUUCUGGUGCUGGGCACAUUCUUUAAUGGAAGUACGCGUUUUACGACCCAAAACUCGUUUUCUAAUUUUCUCGUUACGGAUUAACCGACACCAACCCACACGAUCUAUGAUUCUGAGACAAUGGCUGUCAAACACCU